CCAUGGAUUCUGCAAGCACUAUCUGUGGCCCCUGUUCCAUUACAUGCUUCCCAUGUCUCCUAGCCACGGCGCCCGCUUCGACCGCGCCCAGUGGCAGGCCUACGUCCUGGCCAACAAGAUCUUCGCCGAUAAGGUGACGGAGGUCAUAAACCCCGACGAGGAUUUCGUGUGGGUUCACGAUUACCACCUGAUGAUACUGCCCACUUUCUUGAGGAAAAGGUUCCACCGCGUGAAGCUAGGAUUCUUCUUGCACAGCCCCUUCCCUUCUUCGGAAAUCUACAGGACUCUACCUGUUCGUGAUGACAUACUGAGAGCCUUCUUGAAUUGCGACCUGGUUGGUUUCCACACCUUCGAUUACGCCAGGCACUUCUUGUCUUGCUGCAGCAGGAUGCUUGGUUUGGACUACGAGUCUAAAAGAGGUUACAUUGGCUUGGAUUAUUAUGGAAGAACCGUCACUAUAAAGAUUCUCCCCGUUGGGAUUCACAUGGGGCAGCUUCGCUCCGUGUUGUCUCUGCCGCGCACGGCCAAGAGGGUGGAGGAGUUGAAGGUGGAGUAUGAGGGCAAGGUUGUCAUUCUUGGCGUCGAUGACAUGGACUUGUUCAAAGGUAUCAGCUUGAAGUUCUUGGCAAUGGGGCAGCUUCUUGAGGUGCAUGAGGCCUUGAGAGGGAAGGUUGUGUUGGUUCAGAUUCUGAACCCUGCCAGGAGCUCAGGGAAGGAUAUUCAAGACGUCAAGAAUGAGUCGGAGGCCCUUGCUAAGGAGAUUAACGACAAAUAUGGUAGGCCCGGUUACCAGCCAAUUGUGUUUGUGAAUGGUCCAGUUUCAACGGAGGAUAAGGCUGCUUACUAUGCAAUUUCCGAGUGUUGUGUGGUGAAUGCGGUGAGGGAUGGCAUGAACUUGGUGCCUUACACAUACACCGUUUGCAGGCAGAUAGUUGAGAGUGAGAGGCCUAAUCAGAGUGUUAUCAUUGUAUCUGAGUUCAUCGGUUGCUCCCCCUCCCUCAGCGGAGCAAUCAGGGUCAAUCCUUGGAACAUUGAUGAUGUCUCCGAGGCUAUGAACUCUGCCAUCACAAUGCCGGACGGGGAGAAGCAUUUGCGCCACGAGAAGCAUUACAAGUACAUAAGCUCCCAUGAUGUGGCCUAUUGGGCCAGGAGUUUUGAUCAGGAUUUGGAGAGGGCUUGCAGGGAGCAUUACCUCAAGAGGUAUUGGGGUGUUGGUUUUGGUCUUGGAUUCAGGAUCGUUGCUUUGGAUCCUACCUUUAGGAAGCUCUCAGUCGAUAACAUUGUCUCUGCAUACAAAGCUACACACAGCCGCUUGAUCCUUUUGGACUAUGAUGGCACUAUGUUGCCUCAGGCAUCCAUAAACAAGACCCCAAGUCCUGAGGUUCUAUCUGUAUUGAACUAUUUAUGCAGUGAUCCCAAGAAUAUGGUGUUCAUUGUGAGUGGCAGAGACAAGGAUUGCCUCAGCAAGUGGUUUGAUCCUUGUGACAAGUUGGGCCUCUCAGCAGAACAUGGUUACUUCACUAGGUUGAGGAGGGAUACUCCUUGGGAGACAUGCGGGUUGACAACUGAUUUUGACUGGAAGAAGAUGGCAGAACCUGUGAUGGCGCAUUACACAGAGGCAACGGAUGGUUCUUUCAUUGAACACAAGGAGAGUGCAAUGGUUUGGCACCAUCAAGAAGCCGAUCCUUAUUUUGGAUCAUGCCAAGCCAAAGAGCUUCUUGAUCACCUUGAGAAUGUGCUGGCCAAUGAGCCUGUAGUUGUUAAAAGGGGACAACACAUAGUUGAAGUGAAACCUCAGGGUGUGAGCAAGGGUAUAGUUGUGGAGAAUCUAAUCUCAAGCAUGAGGAGUGAGGGUAAAUCACCAGAUUUUCUGUUGUGCAUUGGGGAUGAUCGAUCAGAUGAAGACAUGUUCGAAAGCAUUGCACGUUCAGUUUCUAAUCCAGCACUUCCAACAAUAUCACAAGUGUUUGCAUGCACGGUUGGCCAGAAACCAAGCAUGGCAAAGUACUAUUUGGAGGAUACUAGUGAAGUUAUCAAAUUGCUACAAGGACUUGCUACUGCAUCAGCACCCUCAGCUUUUCAAGAAUCGCAACAAGGAUCACUAUAGGAACUGAAUGCACAAAGUAACAAAAGGAAAUGGAAAAAUCUUUUGUACAGAACCAUACUUACUUUUAUAGGUUGAUUCGGAAAAACAAAAAGGUUAAUACUUAGAAAUUUUUACAGAUUAGCUUCA